GUCAGGCCAGCCCUUUUGCAAAGAAGAAGGCGGGAGCUGCCCCUGGCGUGCGGGUCCUGUGGGUCGCAGAGGCAGGGGACGGGAACGUGGGUUUCUGGCCUCAUCUGUCUUCCAAGCUACAGGGGAGAAAGGCCAGGAUGGUGGACGCUUUCUGUGCUACCUGGAAGCUGACGGACAGUCAGAACUUUGACGAGUACAUGAAGGCCCUAGGCGUGGGCUUUGCCACUAGGCAGGUGGGGAACGUGACCAAGCCGACAGUGUUUAUCAGCCAGGAGGCGGGCAAGGUGGUGAUCAGGACCCGGUGCACGUUCAAGAACACGGAGAUCAGCUUCCACCUGGGAGAGGAGUUUGACGAGAUCAGUGCAGACGACAGGAAGUGUAAGUCUCUUGUCUGCCUGGAUGGAGACAAACUCAUUCACACACAGAAAUGGGACGGCAAGGAAACAAAAUUUGUGAGAGAAAUUAAGGAUGGCAAAAUGGUCCUGACUCUCACUUUUGGCGAUGUUGUCUGCGUUCGCCAUUAUGAGAAGGUGUAGAGCAGCCCGAGAGGGGUCGGAGCAGCUCUCCGAUGAUUCUCUUGACUCACCUGCAGCUGUGCUGAUCCCUGACCAGAAUGAAGGUCAUCCUUGAGAUGGAGACAGAGGACGGUGACUGAAACCCGUGUUAACCCAAACAACUAGCUCAAUUUUGAUAUGCAAGUUAUCAUGCGUUAUGAUUUCCGUUAAAAUAUCAUCACAACUUUAUCAUAAAAAAUUGAAUAAAUUUUAUAAUUUCCUUCAGAAUACAAAGCAAAUUGUAAUA